AUGCACCUCUUUGAAUGGCACUCCAAGAUUUACUUUAUACAGAAGUCCAAGCUGGAUCAAGAAUCUGACCUUCCAGUUUAUCAACAUGGACAGAAAAGUUAUCGCAAGAAUGCCGAACACUUUAAGGAGUUCUCACAUCCAUGGUUAAAGCUGUCUGCCACAGCUGGCAAGAGUGAUGCUGCUCCUGUGCUAAACUUAUGGUCACCAAAGACAGCCUAUCAUAAGAAGAAGCCUAAGAAGGCGAUCGACAUUGCAUUCAAGGAGCUCGGCACCUAUCUUUCAUUCCAAGCAGGCGAGGACGACAUCAGAUUGGUUCUGUUUGUGGACAAGGUGACACUGGUCAAUGACAAGGUGAACAAAGAGAUAGAGGACGAUUCGAGAUUGAAGGUCUACGUCCAGGACACCGUCAACUCGCUGGACUACCUGAACGACAUUGGUAGUGGUGCGCCAUGUAGGUUCAUGGCAGUGGAGUCAUCGUGGCGACUCAAGAGGACUGAGAAUAACAAGAUGCUCUAUCAAGCGGCCGGUUUAUCAUUCGAGAAGGAGACAAAGACUAGACAUCCAGACAUUAUUUGA